AUGUCCCACAAGCGCGAUCAGCUCACUUCUGAAACUAAAAUUGGCGGCACCCCUACAUAUUUCCCACCGUUCAGUGAUGCAGACAAGACACAGAUACGUCGCUGGACGAGCUGCGGUGUGUGCGGCCAUGCUAUGAGUAUGCUGGUUCAGGCGUACAGCCCGCUGCCCACAGCGCCGGCAACCCAUCCGCACCACCGCAUGGUAUAUGUGUUUGCCUGUAACUCCGGUUACUGUGCUAGCCAACCGACUAGUAGCAUGGUGGCUUUCAGCGUGCAGGUGGACCAGGAAGACGAGCAGGCACUCUCUGAGAACGCGGGGGAGGAGGAGGACGAGGUGAUUGAGACCGGCCCGCUGCUGCCGUCAGAGCUGCCCGAGGCUGUUCUGCCGCCGUGCUACGUCUACAUCGACGCGGAGCCGUCCAAGGAGGUUGUGGUGCCGACGGACAUCGAGCGUGAGCUCAUCAAGAUGGCGGAGAAGAACACGCGGAGCACCGUUACAGAUGAGGAGCUGCAGCAACUGGAGCAGACGAUGGACCUGAAGGACAAGAAAAUGGACUACUACUACGAGAAAUUCCGCUCACGGGUUGCUCGAGCGCCAAAUCAAGUACUACGCUACUACCAGCGAACCGUGGCGGCUGCAGAGGCCACAUCUGCAUUGUCGCGCGCGAAGGACGUCAGGCCCAUCUUCAUGAACCCGGAUAAGGUGAAGGCGAUGGUUACCAUCCCCGCAUGCGCCUGCUGCGGCUCUGCGCAGACGGCAGAGCUGCAGGUGAUGCCGACUGCCCUGUACUACCUGCAUGUGAGCGAGUACACUGCACUCGCGCGGGCAGGUGCGGCCGUCAAACAGGUACCUCUCUCGUCGACCAGUGCAUCGACGACUGUCGACACGGUGCGCGGGGCAUCUGCGUCUUCUGGGGCCACCACUGGCACCGAACAGACGAUGACUGCUAACGUGGAUGACGGCUGCGAUUUUGGAACUAUCACGGUGUAUGUGUGUGGGAAGGACUGCGCGGCCCGGCAGCAUGGCGUGGUAUUGCGUCGCGAGACUCUGUGCGUUGAGGAGGCCCCCACCAUGCGAGACGAGGAGCGGGCGGAGAAGGCGGACGCUGCCCAGGCAGGCACCGACGGUGCCACCCGCAAGGUAACGCUACGCGAGCUUCUGCACGGAAAGGAGGAGAGCGACGACGGCGAUGAGGCAGUGACGACGGCUUAG